GUGGUGUGCGUGAUCGGUGUAUUCAGGUGCGCUACUGGAUUCACAACGCGAAAGGUUAUCGAUUCCGGGGUCCGGUUUUCGUACGUUUCCAUUAACUCUCAACUGCAUAACCUUGCUUCUAUUCGCCUAUACCACGAGGCAGCGCAACGCAAACAAAAGUAUCGGUUGUAAUUUUUUUGCGGCGAGAAACAGUGGCCGCUUUUUAAACGCAAACAUUUUUUGUCAGCGUAUUUUGCGGCGCGCUCACGUGAACACCGCCCGCGUUGUCAUCGUGUGUCACGUGCGCACCGCGCUCGAAACGGGAAUCUUGUCGGCCCACCGAAAACGUGUCCGAUUCGCGUGACGCUUUACAAUGUGUAACUAAACACACAAGUACUAUUUAUCGACAUUAGUGCGCGAAUCAUUUGAUAUUAUCUGAGAGUGGUACGUGCUUGUACUUUUUGUUUUAUCAUGGAAGAAGAGCCGAUGAAGGAAAUACUGCGCAGGUCAUCCGGAUGGAAGUUUUUGAAUAAAGAAACUUUUGAAGUUGGGGAACGUGCUAAUUAUGUCAACAGUCCGCAUGUUAUUGCAAUGGUUGGUUUGCCAGCCAGAGGCAAAACUUACAUCUCAAAGAAACUAUCCAGAUAUCUAAACUGGAUUGGCAUCAAUACAAGAGUGUUCAAUUUGGGUGAAUAUAGAAGACAUGCAACCUCCGCAUAUAAGAGUCAUGAGUUCUUCAGGCAGGAUAAUACUGAAGCGAUGGCGAUUCGUGCACAAUGCGCUGUGGAAGCUCUGCAAGAUGUCUGCCAAUGGCUGGAAAAUGGCGGUGAAGUGGCUGUGUUCGACGCGACUAACUCGACGAUGGAUAGACGUAAAGUUAUCCAUGAUAUUGUCGUGGAAAAGAUGGGUUUUAAGCUCUUUUUCGUGGAGAGCGUCUGUGAUGAUCCGAGCAUCAUCGAGCAAAACAUCAUGGAGGUGAAGGUCAGCAGCCCUGACUACACGAAUAUGAACAAGGAUGCUGCCUUGGCCGACUUUGUCAAGCGCAUUGAGCAUUAUCAGGAGCGUUAUCAGCCCCUUGAUGAAGUGCAAGAGAAAAAGGUGUCGUUUAUGAAGAUUUACAAUACUGGAGAGAAGUGCGUUGUGCACAAACACGAAGGGCACGUGCAAGCGAGGAUUGUUUAUUACUUGAUGAAUAUUCAUAUUACACCGAGGACUAUUUAUUUGACAAGACAUGGUGAAUCUGAGCAAAAUCUUCUUGGAAGAAUCGGCGGUGAUUCAAAUCUGAGCAGUAGAGGCUUUUUAUACGCGAAUGCUCUAUCAAAGUAUAUCAAGGAGCAGACGAUUGAAGGACUUCGAGUGUGGACUUCGUGGUUAAAGAGGACUAUUCAAACUGUUCAGGGUGUAACAGCACCACAAGAACGUUGGAAGGCUUUGAAUGAAAUAGAUGCUGGCAUCUGUGAGGAAAUGACAUAUGAAGAAAUCAAUGAGAAAUAUCCAGAAGACUUCAAAGCGCGUGAUCAAAACAAAUUCGCGUAUCGCUAUCCGCGUGGCGAGAGCUAUGAGGAUUUAGUCGCGCGGUUAGAACCGGUGAUAAUGGAACUUGAACGUCAAGGAAAUGUCUUGGUGGUUUCACAUCAAGCUGUUAUCCGUUGUCUAUUGGCGUACUUUUUAGAUAAAUCUGCUGACGAAUUGCCUUAUUUACGAGUGCCUUUGCAUACAAUCAUCAAGUUAACACCGGUUGCCUAUGGUUGUCGUGUGGAACACAUCAAACUGCCAAUCGAAGCCGUUGAUACCCACAGAUCGAAACCGAAGGUCCCCGGCGAAUUGGAGGAUAAGUUCUUAUCGGCAAACAUAUUAAAGUAUCAGAACGGCUAUAACUGAAAAGUGUAUAGAAUGGAUCUUUUUAUACAACCUCAUAUUCUCUCUCUAUGUAACUGCUUGCGUCCAGCGUAUAUGUACACGUGACUGAAGAGUAAACUAUACAGGGUGUACCGAUAACCGACCAGAAUUUUAUAAGUGAUUAUACACAAAUUAUUAUGAUAGGUAACGAUUUAUAAAUACUUUUUAUUAAGUUAUAAGCAACAAAGUGUCGAUAACAUACAUUGUGACUAUAUAUUUUAUGUAAUUUUAUCUAGUUUAGUGAAUAUAUAUAUUCGUUUACAAGAA